UUCGACCGUCAUGACUGUGACCCUGGUCUCCAUCUUCGGCGGACGACCUCGAACUCAAGAGCUCGGCUCGGCUCGGCUCUCGGCUCGGGCCCGUCGGCGUCUUCCUUCUUCCCGAGGCGAGUCGGCAUGGCGCAACCGGAGGAAGCGGGAGACGUCCUAAUUCCGCGUUCUUCUUCCGUUUCUCUUUCGUUCUUGGUUUGUCGUUUGCUUGUUUCAGUUAAAGUUCCACUUCCUUCCUUCCCUUCCUCCACACACAUCCAGUCGAGAGUCAAUGAAACCGAAACCCAGUGCAGCUCCGGUUCCUCGUUUCUUCAUCCAUCUUCUCAGCCAUUCGACGACGAUGAAGUCGAAGGCAGCGGAAGCGGGUCUCUGGUCGAUUUGGCUAUCUGGGUUGCUGCUCAUUGGCCUCUCCCUUUACGCCACUCACAAGCUGCCGUCGGCGAGGGAUCGAAUCGAGAACCCGCUGCUCGAUCGCAACGGGUUCUCUCGUAAGAUCGAGCCGAGCAUUGCCAUAUUCGCCGCGCCCGAACCCUUUGCUGGCUCGGUCGGAGCUGCGCAGAGCGUCGCGAUCCGUUCGUGGCUCGGGUUGCCCUCGCGGAUCACGGUGGUGCUGUUCAGCCGACACGAGUCCGUCGCCUCUUUCGCUGCUGAACUUGGGCCGCGUGUCCUGGUCGAGCCCAACAUCGACUUUACGUUCCUGGGUACCCCAUUCUUUCAUUCCAUGGUGGCAAGGUCGCAGGAAUUCGCAUCUGACAUAUGUGUGUUUGUCCAUCCCGAGACCAUCCUACUUGCCAACUUUGUUUCGGCACUGAAUUUUGUUCAUGAACUUGAUCACGACUGGUUCCUUUUCGCUUCCCCGCGUAACCUCUCAAAUGUCCCUUUUUACCUGGACAAGGAUGGGAAACAUUGGCUGAGGGGGGAUGACAGGCGGGUGAAAUUGAAGGAGUUGCAGGAGAUUAUUACUCAGAACUCGCAACCCAAUAGUAAUGAAGGAAGAAUGGUCAUGGCAUGGAACAGAAGGGAUUUGCCCUUGCAUACUGGAAUACUUCCCCCUUUCUUGUAUGGGAAGGGAAUACACAACCAUUGGGUCAUUAAUGAGGUUGCAUCAUCUGAACUGAGGUUUGUGCUUGAUGCUAGUUGGAGUGUUUCAAGUUUCUAUAUGACUGAUCCUGCACCUCCGUCUAAUAAGUGUGUGGCGUGUUCUGGUAAUCCAAAAAUGGCGGAAAGAAGUUGGGAAUAUGCUGGCAAUUCUCUUCAAGGGGCACUCUAUGGAUCCUCAUUUUUCCAUGAAGCUAAGCAUUCCAGUCUGGUGAAACUAGUGAGAUGCAAUGGCACAUAUCUAUUUGCUGACACAUCUGACAACAUUGUCCACAUAUUUGGGAAUGUAAAAGCAUUUGCCUUGUUUGAAAGGAGGAUCCUGCAUUUUUGGGGAAAGAAGAAGCUAGCAGCCUGUGCUAAGGAUGUUUAUUCAUCACAUGGUGCAUUCAAUUGGUCCCUAAAAAAUCAGUUGAAGCCAUUGGUGAGACUGGAUUAUCCAUUCACGCUGGAGUCACUCCUCUCAAUCUGUGCAGACAAGAAUAGGACAAUUGUGCUCGGUGUUGCUGGAUUUAGUUACAAGGACAUGUUAAUGAGUUGGGCUUGCAGACUGCGGGGCCUCAACAUGACAAAUUUCAUCGUCUGUGCUCUUGACGAUGAAACUUAUGAAUUUUCUGUCUUACAAGGGCUUCCGGUUUUCAGGGAUUCAUCAGCUCCAAGUGAUACUAGCUUUGAUGACUGCCACUUUGGGACGAAAUGCUUCCAAAGGGUGACCAAAGUGAAGUCCAGAAUAGUAUUGGAGAUACUCAAGCUAGGAUAUAGUGUACUUCUUAGCGAUGUUGACAUUUAUUGGUUCAAGGAUCCAUUACCAUUGGUCUCGUCAUUUGGUCCGGCUGUUCUUGUCACACAGUCUGAUGAAUUUAACACAACAGGACCUAUUAAUAUGCCCAGGCGCUUGAACUCUGGCUUUUAUUUUGCUCAUGCUGAUGUUUCAACAAUGGCUGCUUUGGAGAAGGUGGUAAAGCACGCUGCUAAUUCGGGCCUUUCGGAGCAGCCGAGUUUCUACGACACAUUAUGUGGGCUAGGGGGAUCCAAUCGCUUGGGUGAUAAUGCAUGCUUUGAACCCGAGACAAAUCUGACCGUUCAUUUUCUGGACAGAAAUUUAUUUCCAAAUGGUGCAUAUGGAGGACUUUGGGAGGAAAGAAAUGUCAGAGAGGCCUGUUUGGAGAAGGGUUGUUUUAUCCUUCACAACAAUUGGAUUAGUGGAAGAAGGAAGAAGCUGGAACGUCAGGUGUUAUCUGGACUUUGGGAGUAUGACAUCGGCACUAGGAGGUGUCUGCUGAGCUGGCAUGAAAAUCAAUUAGCAAGUAAAUGGUAAGACCUCGUUGGUGCUUUUCCUAUCUGUCUCUUGCAGACUUCGGUUUUCACGAGGAAGACAUCCGUGACUAUGAUGGAGGUAAGCAUUGGUUUCAUCACUGCAACCUUUUUGAAAAUGUUAAAACAGACAAAGCUGGCCAAGGGAAAGGCCAGAAGAUAGAUGCCCUUGAGAGGAAUCGGAAAUAACACAAUGCAAUGCUAUAUCAUGGUUUAAGUUAUUCUGAUGCACGACCAGUUACCUCAUAGUAAUCAGCUAUGAUGAAGAGCUGCGUUAAUUUGCUGGGGCUAGUCUCCCCAAAGGAGCCCCCCUCGCCACCGCAAAGGGCCACUGCCGGAGCUUCCUUCUCACUGGAAAUAAGCUUACAAUUCGGAGAUAUUUCUCUGGGCUUACCAUUGAAUGAUGUCUCUGUGAGAAUAAUCCAUGCAGGUGGGCGAAUUGAGUUGUACCAAGAUGUGAUUCCUGCAUCCCAUGUGAUGGAGAAAUAUCCUGGCAUGUGCGUUGCACUUCCGGAAGUUUUCAGGAAGCCCCAUGAGUCCAUAUUGAGUCCGGAGGAAGAUUUAGUACCUGGCAGGAAGUAUUUCAUAAUUCCAUCCACCACUGCAAUCAAGCUGAUGCGCAAGUAUCAAGAGAAAAUGAAAGCGAAAGAAGCUGCUGCUGAGGAGACAAAGUUGGAUAUGAAAACCAAAGUCAAGCCAGGGGAAGAACCCAUUGAGGAACCCAUUUGCUCGGCGAAAGAUUUUUACACCUCAAAGGACAGGUGGUCAAGAUGCUCGACGAGAAAGAGGGGCAUAAAGAAGCAGCCUUUUGUACCCCCUAUCCCGAGGGCAAGAACUUUGCGUUCGAUGACAUGGGAGCCGAGCCUAUCCUCCGUACAAGAGCUCUCUCCAUGAUUCUCUAUCCUUUUCAGUGCUCCCGGGUUCCUUGGUUGUUGACCUUUACAUACUUCAAUCACAUGUGCUGUACUUCUCAGAGAUAUCAGAUAAGAGCAGUUUUUCUUUUAUCC